GAAGGAUGCGGUUCGAGUUGACACCGUUGGAUACGCCGUCGAAGUCGAGUCGGUGUUGGGUUCGUAAUUUUGCUGCGACGUGCAUCGCCCGUUUGGAGCGCUCUUCUUCGCUUCUCCGGUUCGCCGCCUGGCUAACGGAUAGGGUUGGGUUCCCAUAACCCUACCGCGGGGUACCGGAGAAGGCGAUAUGAUCCGACGAAUAGGUGCGCACCAAGCAUUCGAUGAAAUGCCUACCACCCUUCGGUGCUCAAUGGUGUGAAAAGAUUUCCUGUCUAAUAUACUGUAGACGUUCUUCCAGUUACAAGAACGGGAUUCGGGUUGCCUUCGUGGGGCACGAGGCCGGCAUCGAGCUUGCAGAUGGAUCUUCCUCUCUGUUCACCUCUGAGACUAACCCCGACGGCUCGGUUCCCACCAUCGAACACAUUGAGGGCUACUUGCUCCGUCUCCGGUUCGACGAAGAAGAACAGAGUCAUCGUGAUCUCCGGCCCCACAGGAGCGGGAAAGAGUAGGCUCGCAUUAGAGCUAGCGAAGGCACUCGAUGGGGAGAUCGUUAGCGCUGAUUCCGUGCAAGUGUACCGUGGACUUGAUGUCGGAUCGGCCAAGCCUUCUACGUGGGACAGAAACGAAGUGCCUCAUCACUUGAUCGACAUCUUGCAACCCUCGGACGAUUACUCUGCCGGGCAGUUCUUUGAGGAUGCCAGGAGAGCAACCGAGGGCGUUGUAGGAAGAGGCCGAGUCCCAAUUGUUGCCGGAGGGACUGGACUCUAUCUAAGAUGGUACAUAUAUGGAAAGCCACACGUUCCAAAGGCGUCGUUCGCGAUUUCGAACGAAGUAUGUGCAGAGCUCAUGGAAUUGCAGAACAGUAAGCAGUGGGAUGCAGCUGUGGAUUUAGUGGUCAAGGCCGGUGAUCCAAAUGCUCGGUUUCUGCCCACAAAUAACUGGUAUCGGUUGCGGCGUAGUCUCGAGAUCAUCAGGUCCUCUGGAAUGCCUCCUUCAGCUUUCAGUGUGCCGUAUGAUUCAUUUCGCCAGCGUCUUGAUUCGAGAGCAUCGCACACCUCAGUCGUCGAACACCUACCUGAUGCAAACAGCUCCCUGAACACCGCAAAGGACCUGGAUUACAACUUCAUUUGCUUCUUCCUUACGGGCCCGAGAAUUGAUCUGUAUAGGUCGAUCGACUUGAGGUGCGAAGACAUGCUGAUGGAAACCGAAGGGCUUCUCUCAGAAGCCUCGUGGCUGCUUGACAUUGGCCUUCAUCCGAACAUGAAUUCUGCGACUCGAGCAAUUGGGUACAGGCAAGCCAUGGAGUACCUGCUGAGCUGUAGGGAACAAGGAGGAAGAAGCACUCCUGAAGAGUUCCGUGCAUUCUUAUCCGAAUUCCAAAAAGCAUCUCGAAAUUUUGCAAAGAGGCAGAUCACAUGGUUUCGGAAUGAGCUUAUCUAUUACUGGCUUGAUGCCUCGAGACCAUUCGAAGAAGUCAUCGAUUUCAUUUGUGAUGCGUACCAUGAUCAAACGGGGAGAUUGGUGGUGCCCGAGUCGCUUAAAAUGAAGAAACACACCAAUGGGCGACAGGAAACCUACGAGUUGAAGUCCUAUCGAGCACAAGUUAAGCUGUUUAGCCGCGAUCAAGAUUGCGAUCAUGUUAUGAAUUGGAUCAGAAGCACCCAGCGUCGUUAAGGUACGAGUUUAUGAGAAAUUGAUAAGUCAGUGUUUUCGCCUUUCUGUCAGAGUAUGUGAGUUAUCUUGUCAAUUGAAUUUUGUCAACCAGUUAGAAAAUGCAUGCCAGAAUGAUUUUGUUAGUGUGAUUAAUGAGGUUCUUAUGCUUUAGUAGUAGUGUGGUAGUGAUGUCCAAUAUAUUUCUCAUUUAGUCACUGCCAUCU